CAGUGCAGGCUGAGAGAAGUGAGGCGAUCCAGUCCAGCUGUAUUGUGUGUACGCGCGUGUAUUCAAAUAUGCUCCUCCUUCAGUGAAGCUCCUCCUCCUCAGCUAUUAAUACUGGGAUAUUCCCAUCAGUUCACAUUAAGAUAAGACGAGCAUCAAACCCUCGGGAAGAACUGAAAUCUGCAAAGAGAGUUUAUUGAAGGACAGAGAGAACAUGAGUGAUCCAGAACCCUGCAGAAUUAAAGAGGAAGAGACUGAACAACAAACAGACCUAAUUAAAGAGAAUGAGAGUGAAGAUGAGAAACAACAUGUCAAAGUUGAAGAAAUACCUCAAUCACAGACUUCUGAUCAUUAUUUUAUGCACAGAAGAGACAAGAAUUGUUGGGUCUGCACUCAGUGUGGGAAGAGUUUCAGACAGUUGUCGAACCUUAAAAAACACAUAAUGAUCCACACUGGAGAGAAACCAUUAACCUGCACCCAGUGUGGGAAGAGUUUCAGACAAGCAUCGUCUCUUAAGAAUCACAUGAGGAUUCACACGGGAGAGAAACCAUUUACAUGUACUGAGUGUGAGAAGAGUUUCACACAGUUAUCAUCUCUUAAUAAUCAUACAAGGAUUCACACUGGAGAGAAACCGUUCACAUGUACUCAGUGUGGGAAGAGUUUUAGUCAGUUAUCAUUCCUUAGUAGUCACAUGAGGAUUCACACUGGAGAGAGACCAUUCACAUGUGCUGAGUGUGGGAGAAGUUUCAGACAACCAUCAUCUCUUAAACAACACAUGCUGAUCCACAAUGCAGAGAAACCACACAGAUGUGAUCAAUGCGGCAAAACUUUUUUAACGGCUUCACAGCUCAAGAUCCAUCUUAGAGUUCAUACAAAGGAGAAACCGUAUUCCUGUUCUGAGUGUGAAAAGAGUUUUGCACAGCAGUCAAAUUUGAGACAACAUCAGAAGAUCCACACUGGUAUGAAGGAGCAUAUGUGCUUUGAGUGUGAGAAGACUUUUAUUACGGCUGAACAUUUGAAACUGCACCAAAGGAUUCACACCGGAGAGAGACCUUACAAGUGUUCACACUGCGACAAGAGAUUCAGUCAGUCAGGAACCCUGAAAACACAUCAAAUGAUUCACACUGGAGAGAAACCAUAUACGUGUUCACACUGCGACAAGGGAUUUAGUCUGUUAUUAACCCUGAAAAGACAUGAGAGAAUUCACACUGGAGAGAAACCGUACACAUGUGAUCAGUGUCUGACGAGUUUCACACAUUUGUUUCAGUUUAAGAGACACAUGAAAAUCCACAGUGGAGAAAGCUGAACCAAUUAUAUCAAUGCAAAUGUCUAAAUAUCAUUAAACUUUGACUUUCUUUGGAAACAAUCACUUUGAUAUUGGACAGGUCUGCCGUGGUGUUCCUCAGGGUUAUUAUUUGGGUUCCAUGCUGUUUAGUAUCUACAGGGGUUGGACAAUGAAUCUGCAAAGCCUGGUUUUAGACCACAAUAAUUCUUUAAUAUGGUGUAGGGCCUCUUUAGCAAACAAUGCAGCAUCAGUUAGUGUUGGGAAUGACAGAUACAAGUCCUGCACAGUGGCCAGAGGGACUUUGAACCAUUCUUUUUGCAGGAUAGUGGCCAGGUUACUACAUGAUGAUGGUGGAGGAAAACGUUUCCUGACUCGCUCCUCCAAAACACCCCAAAGUGGCUUAAUAAUAUUUAGAUCUGGUGACUGUGGCAGGCCAUGGGAAAUGUUCAACUUUACUUUCAUAUUCAUCAAACCACUCUGGCACCAGUCUUGCUGUGUGUAUUGGUGCAUUGUUAUCCUGAUACAUGACACCGCCUUCAGGAUACAGUGUUUGAAACGUUGGGUGCUAAUGGUCCUCCAGAAUGGUUUGGUAGUCUUGGCAGUGAUUCACACAUCUAGCACAAGUAUUGAGCCUAGGGAAUGUCAUGAUAUUGCAGCCCAAACCAUCACAUCCACCCCCAUGCUUUACUCUGCCCACAUGGAAACAACCUAUUUUAGGAUAUAUGCGCAUAAAUAAACCUAUAUGCACAUAUAUGCCACAUAUAGGCAAAAUUGAGAUGCAUAUAUAGGUCUCCUGUAUUGCUUCUCUAUAUUCACAUAUAAGCCCCAUAGACCAUUUUGAGGGAUGUAAACAAAAGCAAUGGUCCCAAUUUGUUUCCUGUUUUAUAUUUUUAAUGUCUAGAGCUUCCGAGAAUCUAAAAAGAGCCACAUAUUGAUGAAUAAUGUUAUGAUAGCUGUUUAAACAUU